GCCGCGUUCACGGAGGGGGCGGGGCCUACAGUUCGUGUCGCCUCAGGCUGGCCGAGGGAGGCGGGCGAGGGGCUGAGGUGAUUUUUCCUCCCCCGGUUUGCCUGAGGAGAAACGCUGCGCUGUCCGCGGCCUCUUUGGCAACGGGCGGCAGCCUCUGUUUCUGGGCUCCCUCGGGGGCGGCGGUCCGAGCCUGACAGACGGUGUGAGGUGGGCGCGGGCGGAGGGAGGCGAGGCCAGCGGGGAAGGACCGACCCCCCCCCGGUCAGGACAAGUUUGGGUCUCCUCAGGAGUAAGGCCCGCUGGGCCCGGCGGGGCUGGCUUCCAGCCCGGCAGGAUGGCCCCUCAGGAAUUUGUCACACAGAGAGAGGUAAAUGGGUUUGCAUGACAUUUUCCAUGAACUAAGGCAGUUCCAUGUCUUGUUUGGACUGUUCCUGUAUUCUACGGACACGAAUUGAAUCCAUUGGAGCAGAAAAGCAAUCAGAAGGCAGCAGCACUCAAGACUUGACAGAUGAACCUGCUUUAUAUUGGGGACAAUCGGCUCAAAGAGGAGAUGAAGAAAUAUCAUGGUCCUCGGAUGUAUCCCAUUAUGAUAUCCAGGUGGAAAUAGGAAGGGGAUGCAGCAACUUAACUUCAAUCUACCUCGCGCGUCACAUCCCUACAGGAACACUGGUGGCUGUAAGGAUUACAGAUCUGGAAAGAUGUUCUGAAGAACACUUGAAAGCUUUACAAAAUGAGGUGGUUUUAUCCCAUUCCUUUCGACACCCCAAUAUCAUGACUCUUUGGGCAGUGUUCACUGCUGGAAGCUGGCUUUGGGUUAUUUCUCCUUUCAUGGCCUACUGUUCAGCCAGCCAUCUACUGAGGACUUACUUUCCUGAAGGCAUGAGUGAAGUGUUGAUAGGAAAUAUCCUGUUUGGAGCUAUCAGCGGGUUAAACUACAUGCACCAACAUGGCUACAUUCACAGAAGUAUUAAAGCUAGCCAUAUACUGAUUUCAGGGGAUGGCCUGGUGUAUCUUUCUGGAUUAAACCAUCUUUGCAGCCUAGUGAGCAGUGGGAAACGGUUAAAAGCUGUGUAUGACUUCCCCCAGUUCAGUGCAUCAAUGCUUCCCUGGCUGAGUCCUGAACUACUGAGGCAGGAUAUGUAUGGCUAUAAUGUGAAGUCUGACAUCUAUAGUGUGGGCAUUACAGCAUGUGAACUAGCUAAUGGGCAUGUACCUUUUCAGGAUAUACCUCGGACGCAGAUGCUGCUGCAGAAGCUGAAAGGUCCCUCUUACUGUCCUUGGGCUAUAAAUACUUUUCCGCGUGGUGAAUCCAGGAUAAAAAAUUCUCGAUCAGGGAUUGACUCUGGAAUUGGUGAAAGUAUGACACACACAAUGACAAGUGAGAGAUUGCAGACUCCACCAAAAACUUUCUCCCCAGCUUUCCAUAACUUGAUAGAACUCUGUUUGCAACAGGACCCAGAGAAAAGGCCAUCAGCAAGAGGUCUCCUGUCACAUGCUUUUUUCAAGCAGGUAAAAGAACAAACGAAGGGUUCUUUACUUUCACUGCUGCCUCCUGCCGUCCAGCAUGUCCAGCCACAGGUGCCAACAGCGUGUUCAGCAGCCAUCUGUAAGACUGGAUGCAUUUUGCCAAAGGAGAGAGAGGUGUACUGGGAAUUCUAAAGAUACUAAACCAUACCUCUGAUAUCUCUCUCUAGGAAAAAAAUAAUGUGAUUUUUGUCGCUGCUUUUUCCUUUUCAUGUUCAAAAUACAAAUAUUAGUUAUAUACUUGAAAAUGUUAACAUUUUUGUGCCAAUACUUUAUAUGAGGAAAAUUCUUCCAAAGUGGUACUACAGAAUGCAGUAACCCUCACUUCUUGAAUUACCAUAAAUGCCUACACUUUCUCAAGCAUCUCCCUUCCAUUCUUACAACUGAAUUGCAAUGGUGCAUACUUUAGCCUGGUAUGGCAUCUCUGAUAUAUCUAUGCCUUUACUGCCUCAGAAGUGUUAAUCUAAAAUACUGUUUCCCUUCUCUCAGCUUGUGUGUGUGUGUGUGUGUGUGUGUGUGUACUGUUCAUCACAUAUAUAAACUUCUUUAAAGUAAUGCCUAUUCCUACUUUAAAAAAAUGGUGUGCAAACCAUUGUGAGCUUUGCAUGCCACCUACCCUCCAAGAGUUGUUGGGGUAGCCAUUACUGAGGCCUGCAAGGUAUCUUUUUAACAAAACCUAAUCAAGGGAGAAUAAUCUGCAUAACAGCAGUAAAACAGAAGUUUGAAACUACUUGAUUAUAUUAUAUUAUUUAUAAAGAGAUUGCUUAAUAGACCCGCAGCUCUAAUUGCAAUGGCACUGCCUUGGGCUCACAUCUCACUAGCCUUUAAAAAGGCGACAUCUCAAGUUGAAUACUGUUGCACCAGCGAGGAAAAGGAAUCUAUGCGGCAUACAGAAGACCCACUGAAUGGAAGCAUGGCUUUAAUACUAUGGCAAUACAUGACUGUUGGAGGUAUACUGCUGCAAACACUAUUCUAGGAAGCAAAAGAUGCUUAAAUGAGAUGGGACUUAUGCCUUGCAUUUUGUCCUCUUUGUUGUGCCUUUCAUUGAGACAGGAAAGAAUUCCCAAUUACAAACAAGAAGCAGCAAUAUAAAGGCCAGACUGACAAGAAAGAGACCACUUUCUAUUCUUGUUGCUCUAGUACUGUGAAUGACUGACUGAACAUGACCUUAACCAAAAUUCUUGCUUUCUGUACAGCAUAUAAUUUUGGGGACAGGGUUUUUAAUACUGAGAUAUUUACAACUAUAUUUUAUUAAUGCACAUUUUAUUUGAUCAUGUAAAAUAGACGUUAGCUUAAUUUUUAAAAAAGUGUAACCUCACAAAGUUAUAUCAGAAUUGUUCUUUUAAAUAGGAAACUACUGAAGUAAUUUUUAUGUGUUUGCGAUCUCUUGCCAUCUCAACUCUGACAAAUGUAACUGGAAUAAAAUGUACUUAUUUCAAGAAAGCUCUUCA